AUGCGUAAAUUGUCUCUCGAUCGAGUAUAUGGGUGUUCAACGGCACACCGUCAUAGUAUCGUUGCUCUACCGGAAAAUCGUGUUGCCUUCCUUGCUGGUUGCUACUUGGUUAUUCUCGAUUGUCUAACUAAUGAGCGACGUUAUCUGACUUUUUCUGCUAUUAAAUUUCUUGCCACAUCACCUAGUGCCCACUUAAUGAGUAUAAUUGAUCAGAUUGAUGAAGAUAGCAAUUCACGCAUACAUAUUUAUUCGACGAAACCAAUUGAUUUAUUGCUCACGAUUGAACCUGAUCGUUUUGGCAGUUUCAUUGGCUUAUCAAUCGAUACAAAUGAUAGUCUUCUAAUGAUAUUGCAUAGCGAACCAGCAUACAUGAUAACUAUUCAAGAAAUUUAUCAUAACGAUGAUGAAUCGAAACGAAUGACCAUGGUUGAUUUGGCUUCAGUCAGAGUCGUUCAUGGGCCAGUUGUUAAUCGAAUGAAUAAGAAAGAGAUCAUUCCACAUGUGGCAUUUAUUAGCUUUUGUUCAUUCUCAUCGAAAGUGUUCUGUGCGACAGGUUUAGCUUUGUUUAAACUCUACGAACUUGAUCAGGAAAUAAUCCAUCAACGGAUCAUCCAUUUUCGCGCAGAAUUUUAUGCAUUUACGUGCCAUUGUUGGCUGGCUAUCAACAGUAUUCUUGUACGAUCAAUUCGCUUCGAAUAUUUGGAAAUAAAUUCAACAGAAUUAUCUAAAAAUGACCAUGCGUUAUCCGUUGAUUUGGAAUCUCCAUUGACGAAUGAAGAAGAAAAAGAAGCACUUACCGAGACCAAGCUAUAUCUUGAUCUUUUCGCAGCAAGAGAAAUGUCUCCGAAUGUUAUUGUUUCAUUUCGUGAACACUUAUUUGUGUUCGCUCCAAUCAUGACUGAACCAUUCUUUCAAGUCACCACCCGCUAUUGUUUGGAGAAGUCAUCUGAACAUCAUACCAAUAUGGACAAACAUCAAAUUCAUAAAAUGUCUUAUGUUUUCGAUAACCAUUCUUCCAUGAUCUAUGUUCUAACCGAUCGUAAUCAAAUCUUUCGCUAUACAAUCCACCAGACGGAAAACAAAACUGAGCUCGAAGAACAGCAUAUCUACAGUUUUCAUGCCUACCGCAUCCGAUCUAUUGCUCUAUGUAUGCAUAAACCAUGGCUGAUUACUCUUGGCGAUGAUAAUUGGAUACGAGUUAUCGAUUAUGAGGAUAAUAAUCGAGAAGUUGUCUCAAAAUACCUUCCCGAUGGUGCACAGGCAAUCACCGGUUCGGAUCCGUAUGGUUUUCAUCUAUGUUUAGCAAUGUCCAAUCAUUUUCAAUUAUAUCUCAUAACAAAUUACGAAUUACGUAUGAUACAUCAAUAUGAGACACGCAAUGUACGCGAAGUAGAAAUGAGUCAAUCAGGACAUUUAAUAGCCGUCGUCACAAAUAAUUUGAUAAAAAUUUAUUCUACAAUACAUUUUAACUUAAUCAGCCAAUUACGUGGUCAUGUAGGCAAAAUAAAACAAAUCGUCUGGUGUAAAUACGAUUCGAUUCUUAUCAGUUGUAGUACGGAUGGUAUGAUCUAUAUAUUUAAUAUUUAUACCGGUAUGCGAGAAGGUGAGAUCAUCACCAAACAGUUUCGUUAUGUCGGAAUAGCUGUCACUCACGACUGCAAUCGUAUCUAUGGAAUCACAUCUGAUUCGAGUAUUAAAUUAUUUAACAAUACACAUUUAGAGCAGGAAUGCUCAAUUGAGAACAAUUUCAUUCCAUCAGCGAUAUGUUUAUCAAAAUCAGAACGAUUGCUUUUCGUUGGCAUGACGAAUGGUACAAUUCGAAUUUUUACAACUCCGUUAACAGCGAACACGUAUAUGGAUUUACCUGCACAUUGUUCGACUAUACGACGAUUCCUAGUGUCGUCCAACGAUGAAUAUUUAAUAUCGAUUGCUGAAUCAGCAUAUGUCUUAUUGUUUAAACAGACACUUAAUACAUUGAGUUCAGUUUCUAAUCAAUUUUCUGAACUGCUAUUAGAAAAUCUAGAUGUAAUCAAUCAAUCAAAACGCGUGCGCACAACGUUUGAAUACAUUCUUGUGACGAAAUCCGAAUUUGAUGAACAACAACAGAAAAUCAAAGAAAUCCAAGAAAGAAUCAAUGAAUUUGAUACUGAAAAUAAUUUAAAGCUACGCACAAAACAGAUCGCUUUCUCCAACGAGCUCACUGCUCAUUCUACCCAAUUUCAAACAGCAAUGAAACAACUUCUUGACGAAUACCAACAACUAAAAUUAGACAUUAGCAAUGAACAUGCCGAAUUUGCUAAACGAAAAAACGAUAUCGAUGAAAAAUACGAUAUACUUCAAACGCAUUCAGAAGUCAUCUACGAAAACCAAAUGAUUGACCUGCUUACCCGCAUUAACAAUGCUCAAGAGGAAUUGACUAAACUGCAAACUAUUUACGAAAAUAAAGACUCCUCCUCGAAAGAUCAAGAACAUACUGAUCUGAAUGAAAUCAUCAAUCAAGUCAAUUUGAAAUUACAAUCGAAAUGGCGAACUGCUGUUCACAAUCAUGAACAGAUUCAAGAACAAGAACGGCAAAUGAACGAAUAUAUUCGACAAAUCGAAAUCGAUAUUGACGACGAAAUCGAAAGUAUAAAGAUCAAUUCUGAAAGAGAAUUGAAAUCUCUCACUAACCAUAUCAAACGUUUAACUAUUAACGUUAGUGCACUUCGUAAACGAUACAAUUCUAUCGUUGAACGUAUGGGCACGCGCGAUACUGAACGAAGUAAUAUUGAGAAAGAAGUGAAAGAACUACAGAAUCGGAAGUUUGAACUCAUCGAAAAACUAGAACAUUUCCGUUCAAUUAUCAAAAAGAAAGAAGAUCGUAUUGGUAUCUACGAUAUCAAGAUUCAUCGUUUGCAACAGCAUAUCUUACACGUUGAAAAACGUAAAUAUGUUCUUGAUUACAAAACGAAAUCUCUAUUAGAACGCAUCGAACCCAUGGAUCAAGAAAUCGCUCGAUUGAAAACGAAUAACCAGAACCUUGAACAACAGUUAACGAUUUUAAAACAACAACAAAAUGAUUUGAUCGUUAAACAAAAGAAUUACGAAUUCAAACUGGAACGAUCGACUAAGCAAUUAAAUCUAGCGAAAAUUAGUUACCAAAACAUUUGGAAAACAGUAAAACAACGAAAAGAUGCACUUAAAAAAGCAUUUGAGUACACAGAAAUCAGUUGCACAUCCGAAACAACUAUUCAUUCGAAAGAACAGUUAAAAGCAUUCAUACAGAAUAUGUGUCAUUCAAUACAAAACGAACAGCAAACAGAAAAUCAAUUAGAAAUACAAGAUUCAAUCAAAGAAUGGAAUAAUCAACGAAAUUGGUUACUUCAUCACUUACAUAAUUUAACAACGCAUACGGAAAACAACAAACAAACAUUUGCAAAUGUUCAACGUGAACAUCGUAAAGCUAUCGUACCAUUCAUUAAUCAACUUCGUCAACUACACAAUUUACAUGAUGAUAUCCAAAAGAAAAUUCAAAAGCAUUUUGCCUUGUUAAAGAUCAAAGCCAGUGAACAGAAUGAUUUCUUGCAAUCAAUAUCGAGCAUCUUGCAUGUCAAUGAAAAUCUUCAUUUAACAAUCGAUCAAUUAUCACAAAAAGAAUUGCAUAUUGAAAUUCAAGAUAAAGAAAUUGAUCGUUUAGCAGCAAUUACAUUCCGUUCACAAUAUGCGGCACCAUGCUUAGAAUCGAAUCAGUCUAAUGAAAAGGCUGUCAUAUUGCCAACGGUAUCGACUGGAUUAUCGACCAAAUGA